GCGAAGACACCGGACAUGACAUAGAUCUCACAGAGUUGUGAGACUGCCGACAAGCUAGCUGAGCUCUUGCGUGAGCAUAACGACUGGGGAUAGUCGGUACAAGGGUCAGUCAGUGUCCAGACGGACUGUAUACUGAUCCUCGCACAGCUGCACAGAUGUGGUUGAUCGUGCUGGCUGCGCUGCUUCCGGCAGUGCGCUCUGCGUACGAGUUGGACCCGCAGAAGCUUCAAGGCCUGGCAAAGGCUAAAGUAGAGACAUGCGGAGGAUGACAGCUGAAUCGACUGAGGGAGGUCAAGGCCUUUGUGACCCAAGACAUCCCUCUUUAUCAUAACCUGGUUAUGAAGCACAUCCCUGGGGCUGAUCCUGAGCUUGUCCUCCUUGACCACUACUAUCAGGAACUGGACCGCAUCCCUCUGUCAGACAUGACCCGAGUGGAGAUCAACACCCUGCUGGCUGAGCUAGGCUUCUACAAGAAGGCCCAGGAGGAAGACGAGGUGCCCGAGGAGUUCCGCUUCUCCCCCGCCAAAGGCAGCCCCUUCCCCGAGGACCAGGCCCCUCCGAACGAGGCACCAGCCGACGCUCAGCACCCCGACUUAUAAUCACCUCGGACGCAGUGACCGUGCGACAUUCCACACAUCCAGGCCACACAUCAGCUCCUACCCCUAGACCACUCGCCUUCAUCAGCAGCAUAAUCUGCCUCAGCCGUCCACAGUGCAUAUACUUCCCAACGUUACUGCUCUUCAUUUGGGAUGUGCAUGAUUCAUUUGUGUGUUCUCUCCUCUGUGAGUGUGUGAGAUUGUAGAGGGGUGUGUAAUGUCGACACGCAGAAUGUGUGUGUGCGUGUUAGAUGUAUGGCAAUACUCUUCCUGGGCUGGUGUGUAGCUACAGUCCCUCCUAUUCAAGACCUUAAUGAUGCCUCAAGCACAAAAUCUCCGGAUUGGCUUGAGGCUGAUGAUACUUGUCUUGGUAGGGGGGGGGUUAGCUUCACUUAAAGCUGGGAAAGUCUGUCAAUCAAAAAGUGGUUAACAUUGUGAAGAACUGUUUUUAUCAAAGAUGUGAAUAAAAACCACAACCAGUCA